AUGGCAGUCAGGGGACAAGAAAUAGUAUCCCUCAUCAGGCGUCAGAUCGAGGAGUUUGGCGGAGACCUCUCCCUCGUCGACGUGGGCACCGUCCUGCAAGUCGGUGACGGUAUCGCCAGUAUCCAGGGAUUGCAGAGCGUGCGUUCCAACGAGUUGCUCGAUUUCGGCAACGAAGUGCUGGGCCUCGCGAUGAACCUGGAGUCCGACGUCGUCGGCGCUGCGAUCCUGGGUGAUCCCACCGGGGUGAAAGAAGGUGACCGCGUCCGGGCCACCGGACAGAUCAUUGAGGUGCCGGUUGGCGACGCUCUGGUCGGCCGCGUGGUGGACCCGCUGGGUCGCCCGCUGGACGGCAAAGGCCCCGUUGCUACGGACCGCACCAUGCCCGUGGAGCGCACCGCCCCCAACGUGGUGGUCCGGAAGUCCGUGGACACCCCCGUGCAGACCGGUAUCAAGGCCAUCGACGCCAUGAUUCCCAUCGGCCGGGGCCAGCGCGAACUGAUCAUCGGCGACCGUUCCACCGGCAAGUCGGCCAUCGCCAUCGACACUAUCAUCAACCAGCGGGAAACGGACCUGAUCUGCAUUUACGUGGCCAUUGGCCAGAAGCAGGGCAAGGUGUCCCAGGUGGUGGGUAUCCUCGAAGAGUACGGCGCGAUGGACCACACCAUCGUGGUCAACGCCGGCUCCGCCGACUCCGCGCCGCUGCAAUUCAUCGCCCCCUAUGCCGGCUGCGCCAUGGGCGAAGCCUUCAUGGAAGAGGGCAAGGACGUGCUGAUCGUCUACGACGACCUGACCAAGCACGCCUGGGCCUACCGCCAGAUGUCGCUGUUGCUGCGUCGCCCCGCCGGCCGUGAGGCCUAUCCCGGCGAUGUGUUUUACCUUCACAGUCGGCUGCUCGAGCGCGCCGCCCGCCUCGAUGACGAGUUCGGCGGCGGUUCGCUGACGGCCCUCCCCAUCAUCGAGACCCAGGCCGGCGACGUGUCGGCUUACAUUCCCACCAACGUGAUCUCCAUCACCGACGGGCAGAUCUACCUCGAACCGGAACUGUUCAACGUCGGUAUCCGACCGGCGGUCAACGUGGGUCUAUCCGUCUCUCGCGUGGGAGGCGCAGCCCAGACCCGCGCUGUGCGCCAGGUUGCCGGCCGCUUGCGGCUGGACCUCGCCCAGUAUCGUGAAUUGGCCACCUUCGCCCAGUUCGGCACCGCCGACCUCGACGCGGCCACCCGCGCCCAGCUGGCUCGCGGUCAGCUGGCCACCGAGGCGCUCAAGCAGGGGCAAUAUCAACCCCUCAACCUGGGCGACGAAGUGAUUGUCCUUUACGCGGUCAACUCCGGGCUCAUGGAGGAUGUGCCGCUGGAACGCGUCGGCGCGUUCGAGGAGCAGAUGCUCCGCCACGUCAACGCCACGCAUCCCGAGUUCAGUCAGGCCAUCCGCGACUCCGUCGAAGAACUUUCCGACGAUGACCGUCAGGCCGUGUUCCGCGCCCGCAAGAUCCAGCGGUUCCUGACCCAACCCUUCUUCGUUGCCGAGACAUUCACCAACCAGCCGGGUAAGUAUGUCGCCCUGCGCGACACCGUGCGCGGCUUCGCCGAAAUCCUGGACGGCCAGCACGACGAUCUGCCCGAACAGGCCUUCUACAUGGUGGGAACCAUCGAAGAAGCGGUCGAGAAGGCCGCCGAGAUGCAGGCCAUCGCCUGA